CCGACCGCGUCUCCGAGCCAGGAUGGCCAGCACACGUCCAGAUGUUGAGAAGCUGAGGAUUAUUCUCAUUGGAAAGACCGGAGCGGGGAAGACCUCCACCAUGAACACAUUCCUGGGAAGAGCGGCGGUGAGGAAGAACCCGUUUGUCUCGGACAGAAUGCCGUGCACGACGCAGACGGCAGAGUUUGAAGGCCAAGAACUGGUUUUGGUCGACACUCCUGGUCUGUGCCACACCCUGAUCGAGGAAGCAGAGGUGCUGAACACAAUCACAGCAUCCACCUUUCAGCCUGAUGAGGGUCCCCACGUGUUCCUGUACGUGCACAAGUGGGAGAACGGCUUCAAUCAACACGAUGAGAAACGAGUGCAAGGCCUGAAGAAGAUGUUUGGAGAAGCGUCAGCGCGUUACGUUUUCUUUUUGAUCACACAUGUAGAUGGAGCUGAGGAUAAAAACACCGUCACAAAGUUUAUUAAGAAAGCUGGAUUUAAACCAGAGAACUACACUGUAAUCAACAACAGAGGAGGAAAAGACCAAAAAACGGAGCAACAGAAGCAGCUGAUGGACAAAAUCAAUCAGCUGGUAAAAAAGAACAAGACAAAGAACGAAGAAUUUUACAGCAAGGAGAUGUUCAAAGAACAUCUGGAGCAGCUGAAAGCAGGAAGUCAGGUUGAUGCUGCAAACACAAAGCUGAGCUCUGUGGUGGAGGGCAGCCUAACUGCUGUUCUGGGUGAAGCAUUAACUCAGUUUGUGCUGCGCUUUACCGCCCUGCUGGCAGAGAUGAUUGAUGAAAAACUCUAAGUAUUAAAAAGGCAACAAUGGCUCCGAGCUGCUGAGGCAGGACGGAAAUGAGACUUUAAUUAUGUGACUCAAAGCCUUCAGACUAGUUUCAGAGAAAGAAACAACAUUAAGUAAUAUAAAUAUUAACAUUCAGGCCUGUUUUAAUGCAGCGCUGCCUGAAAGUCAAAGUCUGGUCCUCUGCAUCCUUCGAGCUCAUCAUUACUGUAGAUGAUCAGAUGUUCAUGAUUAAUGUUGAGGAGCAUUUUCCUGAUUGGUGAACCUUGACCUCUCUAACAUUGUUACUUUUACCGCCUUGUUUUGUGUUGUUCCAUCUUUUCUAAAUUAUGUCGUUGCCAUCAAAUUAAA